GUAGCAGAAGAAGAAGUGGGAAGUAGGAAUACUCGUACGCUGACCAGCCAGAAAUCGCUAACUAGUCUUACUCUCUCUCUCGCUUUCUCUCUCCUUUCUUUCCUUCUUCGUUUCGUCGCCAUUUUCAGGCAUACUUCCUCCUCGUUGCUGCUGCUGUUUCCUCUCUUUCUCUCUCCUCUUCCCAAUACCCUACUCAACUUCUGUGCUUUACUUUCUCUCUCCUCUUUUUUCGCUGUGAUUUCCGCCGAUCUUCUUUGCCGCCGGUAGUUGUUUCCGGCGCUGAGAACAGUGUUUUGUCCCGGAGAACGGGUUUUGAUCUUGAAGUGGAAAUUGGUGAAUUUUAUUAGUUGGGUUAUGUGCGCUGCUCAUUUAGGAAGAUCCGAAAGACGAAAUGGAGCAAGGGGUUUCCUCCAUUUGGGCUUUCCUGCAUUUGAUUUUGGUCUUUAGUUACUUCCACUAUGUAACUCCCAAUGCCGAAGGUGAUGCUUUGAAUGCACUCAAGUCUAGUUUGGCUGAUCCUAAUGGUGUAUUGCAAAGUUGGGAUCCCACCCUUGUAAAUCCCUGCACAUGGUUCCAUGUUACAUGCAACAGUGAAAACAGCGUCACCAGAGUUGAUCUUGGCAAUGCAAACUUAACUGGUCAACUUGUUACACAACUUGGUCAACUCCCAAAUCUUCAGUACUUGGAGCUCUACAGCAAUAACAUUAGUGGGACAGUACCAUACGAACUUGGAAACUUGAAAAACUUAGUGAGCUUGGAUCUCUACCUGAAUAAUCUUUCUGGUCCCAUUCCUGAUACGUUGGGCAAGCUCCAGAAACUGCGGUUCUUGCGGCUGAACAACAACACCUUAUCUGGAGAAAUACCAAAUUCAUUAACUGCUAUCACUACCCUGCAAGUCCUUGAUUUAUCAACCAACCACUUGCAUGGAAUUGUUCCUACUUAUGGAUCCUUUUCAAUGUUUACCCCCAUAAGUUUUAAAGGUAAUCAAAAUUUGACUAUGCCGGCAGUUACUCCAACUAGUCCAAUUCUAACGCCAAAAUCUCAAUCAGUUGGCAAUAGGGCCACUGGAGCUAUUGCUGGAGGAGUUGCUGCGGGUGCCGCUUUACUAUUUGCAGCUCCUGCAAUUGCCCUUGCUUGGUGGCGACGGAGGAAGCCACAAGAACAUUUCUUUGACGUGCCUGCUGAAGAAGAUCCAGAAGUUCACCUGGGACAACUCAAAAGGUUCUCCCUGCGAGAACUACAAGUUGCAACUGAUAAUUUUAGCCACAAAAAUAUUCUUGGUCGAGGUGGAUUUGGAAAGGUUUACAAGGGCAGAUUGGCUGAUGGCUCUCUUGUGGCAGUCAAGAGACUUAAAGAGGAGCGCACCCAAGGUGGAGAACUCCAGUUCCAAACUGAAGUUGAAAUGAUUAGCAUGGCUGUCCAUCGAAAUCUGCUUCGUUUGCGUGGAUUUUGCAUGACACCCACUGAAAGAUUACUUGUUUAUCCAUAUAUGGCCAAUGGAAGUGUUGCAUCCUGUUUGAGAGAACGUUCGGAGACACACCCACCACUUGAUUGGGAUAUUCGGAAGCGAAUCGCAUUGGGGGCUGCUAGAGGGCUUGCUUAUUUGCAUGAUCAUUGUGACCCUAAAAUUAUUCAUCGUGAUGUAAAAGCUGCUAACAUAUUGUUGGAUGAGGUGUAUGAAGCAGUUGUUGGGGAUUUUGGCUUGGCAAAACUUAUGGACUACAAAGAUACACAUGUUACUACAGCUGUACGUGGUACCAUUGGACAUAUAGCACCAGAGUAUCUCUCAACUGGAAAAUCGUCAGAGAAAACUGAUGUUUUUGGUUAUGGGGUUAUGUUACUAGAGCUCAUCACCGGACAAAGAGCUUUUGAUCUUGCCCGAUUAGCCAAUGAUGACGAUGUUAUGUUGCUUGAUUGGGUUAAAGGGCUUUUAAAAGAGAAGAAAUUGGAGACCUUGGUUGAUGGUGAUUUGCAGGGCAAUUAUAUUGACGCUGAAGUUGAGCAGCUUAUUCAGGUUGCAUUGCUUUGCACUCAAAGCUCUCCAAUGGAACGGCCUAAAAUGUCAGAGGUGGUCAGAAUGCUCGAGGGUGAUGGCUUGGCUGAGAGGUGGGAAGAAUGGCAAAAGGAGGAGAUGUUCCGCCAGGAAGCUAACCUCACUCAUCCCAACAAUGGAGAAUGGGUUGUUGACUCUACUUCCAAUCUCCGACCGGAUGAACUGUCUGGUCCUAGAUGAUAAUAUUUUUUUAAAGGUUAAUAUUUGGAAUGUAUGUAAUUCCAAGUGUUGUAAAAGCUGUUAAUGUAUUGGAAAAUCAAUAGUUCCCUCAUUUGUGAAUAUUUUUUCCUUAUUUUUCCCUCUUUUAUCACUCUCAUUUUUUCCCCCCUUUUUCCAGAUUACCUUUUUCUAGUGUAUUCAAAAUGACAAAUACCGAAUACAAAUACUUGGUUGUUCAUAUGGUUUUUGGUUGGAGA